AUGGAGGAAUCAAGAAAUUCACAUGGUUUUGCGAAUACAGUAUUAUAUUUUUUACCUCAAACUCAUUUUAAUCUCAUACAGGCUGGUUUAAUAAACUCUUUGGGUUCUAACGGGGAAGAAGAUGGAGAUAAAUUGUCACCAAGAAGUCUUGAGCAUCUCAAUAACAUCAAGAGCGGAAUAUCAUAACUUGUCGAUGAUUUCUCAUCGCCUUAACAAGAUGAUAAAUAGAUUCAAGAGCAAAUGCAGAAUAUUAAUAUUGGAGGCAGACUUCAAUAUAAUAUGUCAGGUGAUCCGAAUUUCAAUAAAGACCAAAUAAAUUAAUCAGCAUAUUAAAUUUCAGGAGGAGAUAUCUCGGGAGGAACGCCGUUCUUUCCCUCUUAUAACCUUGAGAAUCAAGAAAAGUUAUAAGGAAUGGUAUUAGGAGUAGGAGAUUUCCAGAAUCCUGUGAAUUUUAACAGAAAUAAUUUGUCUAGACAUUCAUCAGAUGGAGAUGGACUAAUGAACUCGAACAAGGCAAAAUUAGAUUACUCGUAAAUUGCAGUAUUCGAGGGUCCUCUGUCUGGUAACAAGCAUGACGAAAAUUACUCAAGCAAGUCCUGGAUCGAUUCUAGCUCAGAUUACUAGGAAUAGAUUGAGAAAUAUGGAUAUAUCUUUUAGAGUCCAGAUCUCAAUGCUUAGAGAAAUAUAAUAAACAUGAAGCAUCAAUAAUAGUAGCAUCAACUCUAAUUGAAUUAACAAUAAUUUUAAGGAAUGAACUAUUACCACAAUGGAAUUCAGUAGAAUUGGGAAGGCUAUCAUCAAAAUAAUGUCAAGCCAAACCAUAAUUUCUAAAACAGAGCAAACUCUUUUGAUAAACUUGCUUAGUAAAAUCAGAUUCAACACCCAUUUGGAUACAGUGAAGAACUAGAAACACAUUCAGCCGCCUCAAGUGGCAAUCAAUCAGCAUUUUCUGAAGGAGAUAUUUACAAUUAGAACCAAGUGAAUCCCCAGUAUUAUGCACAAUACUAAGGCUAUGCAGGUUAAACUGGAGCUCAGAGUAAUUAAGCUUAAUAUGGCUUCACACCUAAUAUACAGUUUACAAAUUCUAAUCAAAAAUAUCAUCCUAAUGGAAAUCCAGGCUUUACUAUCCCAUUUUAGCCUGAUGGAAGUUAUUUCUAAAAUCAUGAAUUAAAUGAUGAUCUCACUCCAAAUGGAGGCCAUAUAAAUGGUGGAGACAUUUAAAUUACAGAUUUAGACGUUAACUUAUAGAAAUUCUAAAUAGGAGUAUCUCCAAGAAGAAAUAGUAACGAAUUCAUUCCUACAAAAAAACUAUUAGCAAGUGGACCAAACAAUAAUUUGAACUAUGAUUAACUUGAAAAAAGCAAUUCAUAAAUGCAUAAUCAAUACAAAACUCCCUCACCAUAUAGGAACAAUGACCCUGCAAACCAAUAUGCUCAACAAGCAUUCAUGAUGAAUCAAAAUAUGAAUUAGCAAAAAAAUAUUAGAAUUGGUGCCCCUCAAUUAUCAGAUCCCUUUUAUCCCUCAUAUGGUUUCUAAAACCAAAGAAUGUCAAACCCUUAAGGUGUAUAUCCUGGUAAACCAAUAUACCCUACUCAAAGAACCUCGAAUAUUGACUAAUACACUGGAAACUAGCAUAUUGGAAUGAAUGCACCUCCCAUGACCAGAAAUCUCAUGACACCAAAUUAUCAUCCUCCUUUAAGAAAUCAAUAUGGGAAUAAAACAGCAGGUUCAUAAGAAAGAGAUCCUUCCUAUCAGCCACCAAAUUUCGUUCCAAACUAGCACAACAUAUAGCCAAAAACUGUUGUUAAUACUCCCACUCAUAAUAAUAGCCUUGAUCAUGCCAAAUCAGUCUCCUCUUAGAAUAGCAACAAUUCAUAACAAUUCAGUGCAGCUGUAAAUGAUCAAAAUGAGGCAUUCUUGUUUUAACUUACUAAGUAGUAUGAUGAAUGCCAAAAUCCAUAGUAAAAACUAGAUAUUAUUAAAGGCAACGUUCAUAAAUUAGCGUUGACUUAAAAAGGAAGUAGAUUCCUCCAAAAGCAAGUUACUAAAGCAAACUCCAGUAUUGUAGCAUUUUUCUUAGAUGAAAUCAGCCCACAUCUAUGUGAGCUCAUGAUAGAUAACUAUGGUAACUACUUUUGCUAAUCCUUACUCUCAUCUUGCUCUGGGGAUCAGCGGUUAUCAAUUUUGAGAAGCAUAUCUCCUAAAUUUAUUGAGAUUUGCUGUGACAGAAAAGGUACUCACACUAUAUAAACGAUGUUUGAACUUGUAAACCUACCAGAGGAGGAAGACUUCAUAAGAGAUGCCUUAAUGGGAAAUGUUAUUAAACUCUCAAAGGACGCUCAAGGUACUCAUGUAAUCCAGAAAGUCAUGGCUAGUUUUCCAGAGGCUAAAAGAGCAUUCAUUUUUGAAGAAGUUUUCGAUCAAUUCAUAGACUUAGCAAAAUAUACCAAGCACAGUGAUUAGGCAGAGGUACUCAUGAAGAAGAUCCAAGAAAAUGCAAUAGAUCUUGUAUAAGAUCCAUUUGGCAAUUACGCUAAAUGGGAUCCAGAGGUAUGCAGACCUAUAUAUGAUACUCUAAGACAGAGAAUCAGCUAGCUCAGCAGCCAAAAGUUCUCAUCCAAUGUGAUAGAGAAAUGCCUUGAAAAAGCUGAUGAUUUCAUGAGAAAUCAAUAUGGCAACUAUGUUAUCCAAAAAGCUCUGAAACUGGCUCAAGGGGGAGACAAGGAAACCCUAAUUGGCUAAAUACAAAAAUGCAUCCCAGAAAUCACUGAUAAAAAAAUCAGAGAGAAGUGGGAGAAAAUAAUUUAUGAUGCCUAAAAUGGAACUAAUACUGCUAACCAGUCUAAUGUCAAUGACAAUACUAGCACUGGUAGCUACCAUUAAGACCAUGAGGGAGGCAGUAACCUCAAUGCCAAUGCGAGCAAUGGAAACAACAGCCACAGACAAGUGACUGUGGGAAACAGGAGAGCUAAUAGCAGCGACAAUGCUGCUAAUUGA